GUAUGUUAUGAAUAUUGUUACAUAAUUAUAAAAUGAGGGAGAACGCGGUAAAUUGUUCAGUGCUAGCCAGAGCUCUGCAAAGUUGUGUUUCUCCUCAGUGCAGUGUAAAACUUUUAAGUACAGAUCUAUAACAAGGCAUUAUGAGGGGGGUGAUGAUCAUCAGGUUAUACAUUUUAGGCCUAUUGUCUCUAAAUGCGGUCGAGUGUUUUGACUUCUGGAAUGCUUCAAGCACUAAUGUGGCACUCCCAAGUCGUUUGAUCAUAGACUCCGAGCACAAUGUUCUCAUCGUGGCAGCAAAAAACUCCAUCUGUCAUCUUUCUACCAAUCUCAAAGAACAGUUCAAUGUGCUUAGUGCAGAGCCCAAUUCUGCUGGUACAGCCCGCUGUACUGACGAACUGUUUGAACCAGUGGAGAACUGUCAGAACUAUCCUAACGUGCUGACUCUUUCGUCUGGCUCGUACAAUAUUAGCAGCAGAAAUGGCACGAUGUAUCCCAUCGCUGACACAGUGUUGUUCUGUGGCUCCAAUGCACUCUCACCACAGUGCGAGUAUAGACACCGUCAAACUUUGGAAGUGCUCAGUUUUCUUAGUGGAGUUGGAUUCAUCCCUUACAAGUACAACACGGGAGCUAGAUCAAUGUUGAUAAGUUCUGGACGACUUGUAAGUGCCACGCCUAUUAACAGCCAAGGUGACGAGUACAAGAUCAGCAUGUCCGACAGUCCAUACACCGGUCAAGUUGCCGUGACAACACUACCUUCAAACCCAAACUGGUUCUACAAUUCCCCUACAUUCGUGUCCAUGCACGAGAUUGGAGACUACAUCUAUGUGUUCUUUCGAGAGGAGGCCAUAGAAGCACAGGAGACGGUUGUGUAUUCAAGAGUUGCAAGAGUCUGCAAGAAUGACACUGGCUCUAGUGAACUUGGUGUCUUCAACCUUAACAUCUUUACCACAUUCAUCAAAGCAAGGAUUAGCUGCACGUCUGGAACAGGGACAUCGAGUGAUAUUCCAUUCCAUUACAAUGAGAUUCAAGACACAUUCUUUGUUCCAAGUGGCUCCUCUGAAGGAGUUGUAGGAUCAGAAGAGCAGCUCUUUGCUGUGUUCAACUCAGCAAGGAAUGGUCCCAUAGGGUCAGCUGUCUGUGUGUUCACGUUUAAUACCCAAGAGGACAACAACAACAUAGCCACUGUGUACAACGGAGACUAUCUCAAACAUGUUUCUCAACAAUGGGUGACUGAAAGCAACUACCAGCCAUUCACCUGUGAGCCUGGGAGCCGAAGCUUAGAAGAUUCCCGUGAUAUUCAGCUGAUGAAAGAGACGGUCACUUCGUCUAACGGACCACGCCCACUUUUGACCAGUGAGAAGUACCUGUUUGACAAGAUUGUGGUAUCACAAGUUACAGCUCUCGACAACAGGACUAAUGACAUCGUAUUUGUUGCCGCUCACUCAUCAGAUGAGCUAGUAGUCUUGAAGGCCUCUCUCUCACAAGGUCAAGAAUAUCACGUGAUCCAUUCCGAGGUGCUAGGCCGACCCACCCACAUCUCUGAGAUGCAACUGAGUGAGGAGGGACACAUCUACCUCACCACUAACAACGGUGUCUAUGGCCUCUCCGUGGCCAACUGCAGUGCUUAUACCGACUGCUGUUCGUGUGUGGCUGCUAGGGAUCCGUUCUGUGCUUAUGAUACGCCAUCUGAUACUUGUGUGUCCGUUUUCGAUGCUAGCAUGGACUCCAUUCAAGACGUCACUAGUGGGAACACAACAUACUGCCCAAGUACCUGUGAUGAGGUGGUCACAACACAGCCUUCCACACAGAUGCCUACCACUAUUGGGUGUGUACAGAGCACUACUACAGAGUCCACUUCUACCACAUCCGCUCCUACAUCUGCACCAGAUACUCCGAGCAUUGGUGGAAUAGAGACCUCCAACUCGACACCUCUGAAGGACCACACUUGGACAAUUGUGGGGGCUGUUGUUGGAUUUGUGAUUGGAGUAUUUGUGGGCAUGCUCGUCACAGCCUUCUUUUUCCGACGAUCGAACGUUCUCCGUCAUGAUCGAAGGCAUAGACGAAGGAGACACGAUCUAGAGGAUCAUGGGAACGAAAGAAAGAGCUUUACAAAUCGAGAUAGCCGUAAGACCAGUGGCGUCUCUUCAGCCAGCAUACCGAAGCCCGAUGAAUACAUGAAGAACAACAAUGUUCGUCCUAAUGAGUACACAGAUGUUCAUCAGUCAAAAUCAUCAUCUGGAUGUGAUUCCAAAUUCUCUGCUACCUACCCCUCCAUUCACGAAUCCAGUGGCAGUCAUGUGGCUGGCCCUGUUCCAGUACACGUGCCUCCUCCCACACCUCCAUACAAGAAAACAGCCAGCACUUUUUCUUUCGACAAAUCGCCAAAUGAUCCUCCACGCUACAGCUCGGUUACACCACAAAUCAGAUCUGAUCCCAAUCUAAAAUCAAAUUUAAGAGCAGAAGAGCCGAUCAACAAUUGGCAAAGAACUGCUUACGGUCCCAACAUACUAGCAAGAGCACCAUCAAUAGAUGCCUCCAAACAUUCAAAGUACUCUAAAACUACUUUACCUGUGAUAUCACCAACACUGAGAUUCAGCACACAGCAGGAAUUCGUUAAAGUACCAGACGCUGAAACAGGGUGCUCUCAAUGUUAAAGUGUUCAUCAUUGUAUGUUUUGUCGAUUUUCGUUGUCAUCCCUGCAACUAUGUUUUAGGGGUGUUCUUAAUAACCGAGUUUUGUGUACAUAAUUAUGCUAGUACAGUUGUUUCAUUCACUAAGCAAAUUUUUUUACAAAUCAAUUGCAAUUACAUUGAGCACUUAUGUGCCGUAUAUCCGGGCACACCACAUCAUGCAUCAAGCUUGUCUUGCAAAAAUAUUCUGUUUUUAUGUUACCACUUGUUUGGACAACUACUUCAUUCUCCAUACAUGUUGAUCUAGGUGUCUGUUUUGUGUUAGUUUUAUUCAUGAUAAUCAUUUUUAUUUCAAAUCAAAUGAAGCACUUAUCUAUAUACAGUCUGUUUUUGUGCACACCACGAACGGUCCACGGUCAUAAUUGAUCUAAUUGGGUCUGUCGAAUUCAUAUUAAUUAUUGAAUCCACAACUAAA